UGCUGCUAGCAGAAUAGUAGUGAUGCAGGAGGUGAACAAAUCUAAUUGAUAAAAGGCUAAAGAUUAAAGGGGAAAGUAUAUUAUUGAACCUAGGGGAAAUUGUUGUUGCUUACUAGCUUUCACAAACACCGCGUUAGCAGCAAAAUAGCCUAAACGUCUCAGCUUUCCUUUCCUUUAAAAUGUCUAAAAUGCAGCUAUUGCAGGUUUAUCUAAAUGAGCGAUUAACAGCGGUGGCUGUUGAGAUAUUUGGGGCCGUGGAAAAUACCAUUGGAGAGUACCAGGAAGAAAUCUCCCGUUCAAAGGAGGAGAUCGAACGUCUACGGAGGCUGCUGGAUUUGGUUUUCCAACCCGACAUAAAGCUACAGAGAGCAGACCCCCAGCAGCUCACUCUCCCUGUCCCUGGAGAGGAGGUACCUCCUGAGAAGCAGCACUGUCAGCAGGAGUGGAGCCCCAUUCUGGGGCAGGAGGAGCCAGAGCCCACACAGAUUAAAGAGGAACAGGAAGAGUUUGGGACCAGUCAUGAGGAAGAUCAGCCUCAGGGGCUGGAGUUCGAUAUCAAAGAGGUCAUAUUCUCUCCUCCCUCUCCUCCCCAGCCCUCACAUCUUCCCCAAACCCAAACUGGGGAGAACAGAGAGAGGGACUCUCUACCCACCAAAACAACUGAAGAGAUCAAAACGGAACCGGAUGAAGAGGGUUAUGGAGAAUCCGAACCAAACAAUGAAUUACAGCCCCUCUCUCCAGUAAAUUCAGACUGUUCUGCAGCUCAUAUUGGGAACAGUGAAAGUGACAAUGGGGUGGACAGUGGAGGACUAAUGUCAGGGUUACAGCCACACAAAUCAAAGAGAACAUGGACAAAGAAAGGACAAAGCUCUAAAACCAGGGAAGCCAGUGAGUUGAAAGUUCCAUUGAGGGCAGCUCACUCAGGGGAGAGACCACACAGGUGUCCUGUCUGCAGGAAAUGCUUUCUGAAAAGUAGCAUUUUAAAAACGCAUCAGAGAAUUCACACUGGGGAGAAACCAUAUUGCUGCAAUGUAUGUGGCAAAUGCUUCAGCCGGAUGGGACACCUGACUGAGCAUAUGAGAACUCACACUGGGGAGAAACCAUAUCAGUGCAAAGAAUGUGGCAAAUGCUUCAGCCGGAUGAGAAACCUGACAGUCCAUAUGAGGACUCACACAGAUGAGAGACCAUAUAAGUGCCCCAUGUGUGUAGAAUGCUUCAGAUCAGCAAGUCAUCUAAAAUGGCACCAGCGAAGACAUCACACAGGAGAGAAACCAUAUUGCUGACUUUUUUGUGGUAAAUGCUUCACUUGUCAGAACUGAGGAUGAGAAUGAACCCAGAGGGAGAAACAUGACAGUGCUGCUUGGGGCAAAAUCGUACUCUCACUUGUAGGAGGACCUUUCCAGUGUAAAAUGCUGAUGUUUCAUAAUAACCCUUCUGAGCAUGGCACAACUGUAUAUAAUAUGUUUUUUAGAACUUAGUAGUUAUUGGGCGAUUCCAGCAUUAUUUCCACGCAAAAUCACAAUUUAAAUGUUUCACAGAAUGGCCAAACAAAAUAUAAAUGAAACUUUUGAUGUGUAUGUCUAUGGUACCCCUUGGGGGGAGUGUAUAGCCUAAAAAGCGGACUUGUAAAUAUUGACAUGUUGGAGAAAUAAAGCAAAUAAGAAGCGUUA